AUGAUCAAAUUACCAGAAGAUAUAGAUGUUUCGAACAAGAAACCUCGAGGUAGGGAAAAACUGUAUUUAGUGAUAAUAACAAUUGUUAUCACCCUUCUAACCACGAUCGUAAUUGCUGGAAAUUAUCUAUAUCAGAAGAUUGAUCCUAAUGAUGGAGGAGAAAUUUGUCCGAUCAUCGAUAAAAUUGCACCUAAGGAGAGCGACGGUCUCAGAUCGACAGAUUUCAUAUUUGAUGAGAGUUAUAAAAAGAAAUCAUUAGAAGCAUGGACAAAAGCUAUUCAAAUACCGAGCAUCUCAUAUGAUGAUAUGGGAGAAGUGGGGGAAGAUUCUAGAUGGAACGUGUUUAAAUGUUUCGAUUCAUAUUUUAACAGCACCUUCCCAAAAGUUAGCUCAAGAUUUGAUCUUAUUCAUGUGAAUACAUAUGGUCUUGUUUAUAUACUCAACGGCACAGAUAAGACAAAAAAGCCAUUACUGCUCACAGCUCAUACUGAUGUGGUUCCUGUUCCAGAGAACACCAUUUCGCGCUGGACUUAUCCUCCAUUUGAGGGACAUUUUGACGGUGAGUAUGUUUGGGGAAGAGGUGCCGAAGAUUGCAAGAAUUCAUUGGUGGCCAUAUUUGAAAGUCUUGAGUUACUACUUGGCCAGGGAUUUACCCCAAAGAGAACUAUUGUAUUAGGAAUAGGUUUUGAUGAAGAAAUCUCUGGUCAUCAUGGUGCUUAUCAUAUUGGACAGUACUUAUUGAAUAGAUUUGGUCCUGAUUCUAUCUACCUCUUGCUUGAUGAGGGUGGAAAUAUAUCAGAAGAUGUUUAUGGGUCCUCCUUUGCCUUACCAGCUACUGGAGAAAAAGGAUAUGUCGAUGUCUUCAUCAAGCUUGCCACAACAGGAGGCCAUUCUUCUAUUCCUCCUUCGCAUACAUCGAUUGGUAUUAUGGCCAAAAUCAUCGAUGCAAUUGAAGACAAGCCUUAUGAGCCACAGCUUAUAGAGGAGAAUCCGUACUAUAAGAUGUUGCAAUGUGCUGCAGAGCACAGUGAGAAUAUGGACCCAAAGCUUAGAAAGAACAUUAGAAGUAUGCACUUGGAGUCAUCUAAAAAAAAGGUUAUAAAAGCUAUCGCUGAGAACAUCUCCAGUAAAUACUUUAUUUCUACUUCUCAGGCAGUAGACAUUAUACAUGGAGGGCUUAAGAUCAAUGCCCUACCUGAAGAGGUUGUCACAGAGGUGAACCAUAGAAUUAUUUAUGGUUCUUCCAUUGGGCAAAUCCAGGAAAAAGUCCUCAGAGCAGUUAGACCCGUUGCCAAGAGAUUUGGUCUCUCUAUAGAUGCAUUUGGUGUCAGGAUGGAGUUUGGAGAUUCAACCCCUCUGGGGAAAGUUACUUUGACUACCUAUGAUGGUCUACAAACGGCACCAGUGACACCUAUAGAAAAUAACCCUACAUGGAAGCUCCUUUCUGGUACUAUCAGGCAUGUUUUCGAGGAUUCAAAAUCAGCAUUUAAUGUUAAUCAAAAGCCAAUAUUUGUCGCUCCAUCUAUAAUGUCGGGAAACACGGAUACCCGCCACUAUUGGAACUUGACCAAGAACAUCUACCGUUUCAAUCCUAUCCGGGGAGACUAUUCGUACAACAUACAUGCGAUUGAUGAAAGAGUCCACCUAGAUGCGCACCUUGAGACUGUGGCAUUCUUCUAUGAUUUUGUUAGGAAUGCCGAUCAAAUCAGGUAA